CUUUUCUCAUCUUCCCUUGUCUCUGCAGGUAAAGAGGGAAAACAGUGCGUCAUCGCCUUCACGCGUGGUCCACAUACGUAAUCUCGCCAACGAGGCUUUAGACGCUGACGUCCUAAGCCUUGCCUUACCUAUCGGUCGUGUCACCAAGUAUCUCAUGCUCAAAGGCAAAAACCAGGCAUUCCUCGAAAUGGCAGAUGAAGCGACAGCACAGACGUUUAUCAACCAUUACACGCACAUGCCCAGGAACGUCCAUGGACGACAGAUCUACUGUCAGUUCUCGAAGCACAAGGAACUCAAAACCGACUUUGCCCACACGCAACAGGCCCUGGCUGUGCAAGCUGCCCUGGCUGCUGUGCAUGCAGUCCUCAACACCUCCUCCGCCUCCUCCUCCUCCCCCUCCUCCUCCUCCGGCCCCUCUUACUCCAUGUCUGGUAGCGGGGACCACCCCAUGACCUCUUCAUCUUCUGGCGGCGGCGGCGGCUUCGGAGAUCAUCUCCGCGACUCUCCUCCUCCGACGUCCUCCUCUGGAUCUUCUAACCUGGAUGCAAAUACCAUCUCUCAAAUCGCCUCGCAGGUGGCCCUCCAGGCGGCGCAGCAGCACCCCAUGCUUCAGCCGCAUCCCAUGCUACAGCAGCACCCGCAGCACGCCACACACCCCAAGGUACCGGACACCGGCGGUGGAGUCAACACCAUCCUCCGAGUCAUCGUGGAGAAUGUGACCUACCAGAUCACCGUCGACACCCUCCAUGAGAUCUUCAGGAAGUAUGGCACCGUGCUCAGGAUCGUCACAUUCAUCAAGAGCGGUCAGUUCCAGGCCCUUGUACAGUUCUCUGAUGCAUCACAAGCUGCUGUAGCUAAAUUGGAGUUAGAUGGAAAGAACAUCUACAACAACUGCUGCCAGCUUCGCAUCGACUUCUCCAAACUGACCAACCUCAGCGUCAAGUACAACAACGAGAAGAGCCGCGACUACACAUGUGACCUACCGCAAGGUGACGGACUCACAGGGGUCGAUCCUAGCACUGCUGCCAUGUUAGGAUUUGGUGGGGCAGCUGGCCUUAUAUCGCCUUACGCCACAGGGCACGGUCUGCCUUUCGCCGGCACGACGCCGGUCUCACUAGCAGGAUAUCAUCAAGCAGGUGUGCCUGGUUUCCCUGCCGGUCUAUCUGCCUUACCCCACCACGCUGCUGCAGCGGCCCAGGGCAUGAGAAUGCCAGGCAUGUACAUGCCGUCGGGCUCCUCGGUCAUCCUCGUUAGCAAUCUCACCCCAGAGCUGGUCACACCUCAGGCUCUCUUUACCCUCUUUGGCGUCUACGGUGAUGUGCAACGAGUCAAGAUUCUCUACGAGAAGCGGGAUAACGCCCUGAUACAGAUGAGCGAUCCCAACCAGUCACAACUAGCCAUGAAGCAUCUGUCCGGUGUGAAGCUGUAUGGAAAGCAGAUCCGUGUUACGGCAUCCAAGCAUCAAAUGGUUCAGCUCCCCAAGGAAGGACAACCGGACGCUGGUCUAACCAAGGACUUCAGUACGUCGCCCCUUCACCGAUUCAAGAAGCCAGGCUCCAAGAAUUUCCUUAACAUCUACCCACCUAGUUCUACACUGCAUCUCUCAAACAUUCCGCCCACUGUCGAUGAGGAGACAUUAAAAGAGGCAUUCUCUCAACAUGGUACUGUAGCUAACUUCAAGUUUUUCCCAAAAGACAGGAAGAUGGCACUCCUGCAGAUGGGCUCUGUAGAAGAAGCAAUCCAUGCUCUAAUUGCAAUGCACAACUACCAGCUGGCUGAGUCGAAUCAUCUCCGCGUGUCGUUCUCGAAAGCACAGAUCUAGACGCGAGGCAGUCCCGCGAAAGUCAAUGCAUACAUGGACCAGUACAACCAAGCAAUGUCACAACGAGAUCGACAUGUCUAAGCAGAAGUAGGAAGGGGAGACCGCAAAAACGAACUGAGAAAGAUUAAAAAGUGUAUCUGAAUCACCCUUUGUGCCAUUUGAAUAUGGGAUCAUGCAAUGCAAAAACCAUUUGAUGAUAACAAUAAUGAUACAGAGAAAAUAAGUAGGAAAUACACUGAGCGGAGACCGGAAGGGCUCUCUAAUAAAAACUCUGAUUUACCAUGUGUGAGACUUGGCAAUAUUGGACGGAUUUGAUUUAAUGGUGUUUUAAAGAUAGAAAUAAGGAAAGAAAUGUGGAUUAUUGACGAGAAAAUACCAGGAUGCUUUUGUAAGCAUUGUUUACAAUAUCCUGUUUUCUGGACAGGGUUUUAUAUGGUAGCUUACACGGGAUAAAUCUUUCCCCUUCCCUUUCAUUUUUUUUUCUUUUUCUUUGUUCCUCCCACUCCCUCCCCCUCCCUCAGUCACUUUUGGACUCUCUCUGAUAUGCUUACUCAUUUAGACUUCUGCAAGUUUUCUAUGAAAUACUUGUGUGUGCGAGUAAUUUAUACCAAAGCAUAAGUGAAAGUGCUUAUGGUGAAUCUGGACAAUUGUCUAUUUCUUUUAUCCCCAUUUAUCCCGAGAAAGCUUAAGAAAUUGAUGUGUAUGAUGUAAAUAGAUCUAAGAAAAAAAUUGAUAACAGAGAUGAGAGAGAGAGAUAUAUUGCAUUUGUAAUUAUUAUACAACUGCAAUGUGUUAUUUUGAAUGAAUUUUUGAAAACAUUUUGAUUGCAUGUCUUUUUUUUUCUGUGAAAAUUUUUUGGUGUCAGACAAAUUUUACUCUUAGCUGUAUUGUGGUGUGGUGUAAAUUUCAUUGAUUUUUCUUGCAUAUUUUCCUCUCUCUCUCACUCUGUUUUUGUCAGUAGUUUAGAAUUAUUUCUGCAAGGAAAAAAAAAUGUCACAAAUUGUUUUUGAGAUAUCCUCUUUGGGGAAUAAUUGAUGUCGUCAAUAAAUCAUGUAUCAUUUUGUUGAAGAUUAUUCAACCUCGUAUAAUCACCUUGGUUAAGCUCAGAAACUUUUAUUGUGUUGGUUUUACAUUUCUUUUCUGACAUGCUCCAAGAGCAAAGUUUUUCUUCUCUGCGCGACGCAAAAAGGACGUCUAGAUCCGACGCUCAGGGUCGUUAUAACGUAACAAGUUUGUUGUCUUUACGUAUAAUCUUUGUAGAUAUUUGCCUUUGUUAAUUUUGGUCUUUGCUGUGAGAUAAUUUGCUAGAAUAAUUCUGAAACUAAUUUCUUUGAAAAGAGUCACAAUUUCACGUUGCUUGGCGGCUUCUAUCUUCCGAGAGCAUAUAGAGUUUUGCCUUUUUCUUUUGUGAGUCACUGACAAAGAAUGAACAUUCCACAUGUGUUGCACUUUACUCUGUUAUUUUUAAUUAAUUACUGUGGCCAGAUUGUUGAGGUGAGGCCUGCUUAUAUAAUAGUACAGCUGGAACUUGAAGCAAUACAUCUCGCGGUCGAGAUAUGAUCUUUACACAUUCUUAAUUCUCUGUAUCUAGCAUUCUUACAUUUACAAAUGUUAACAAUCUCUGUACUCAUGAUGCUCUAAUGCUGUGUUCAUAUUAAAGCAGUACAUCUUUGUUCUCGCAUGAUAUUGACAGAGCUCUGUCUCACAAAUUGUUUGUUCCAGCGAACAUGUCUGAACGUAAAAGAGACAAUCACUCGCAGUAAAAGGAGGUUUAACAGAACGUAAUUUAUAACGUUUACUUUCUUGGUCUGUGUUUUAAGGAUAUGUGCAAACUUUGAAAAAUGAGGCUUUGUUCUAGUCACUGCUGUUUAAAGUGGUAUUUUGAUAAUUUCAUGAUGAUCAGGCAGUUUGAUAUGUGAAUUGAUAUGUAUUUGUAGCAACAAAUGAUAUUCUGUACAUCGUAUCUAAUUUUCAUUCUUAUCCAACGUACGCUAAGCUAUGUAUCGUCUUUUUAAGCAAAUAAUGACUACUUGUGUAUAUUCAGAGACAAAAAAUUCUUGUACAUGUCACCUUUUUUUUAGGUUAGCCCAUUUUCCAUUUGGAUCUGCUGUGGUGUAUUGUGUAAAGAGAUAAGCUAAAAGAAGCUUUGCUUAAUUAUUUUGUUUCAAUUCUGUAUUUCUCUCCAAAAUUGAGAAAAAUGUGUCACUCUCUUUAUUAUUUUUUAAAUCUGUGCACUCUGCGUGAAACAAUUUCUUUCUCAAGCCUUUAGUCAAGGCUGAGUGGGGGAAACUCUGCUCCUCUUUAUUUCUUAAAACCUCUAUGGAGUUUGGAAGCUGGGCGGCCGAUUUUUAAUGUGCCUUAUAAUCAGGGUGACAUACCAGUACCAUAAAAGGUGUUUCUUUAAAAGCCAGAGAUGCAUUGAAAAAGUAAGAAGACAGAUUAAAAGGGAGGUUUGCUUUCAGGCAGUGUGUUGAACUUUGGAGAGCAUUUUACCUUGUCUCUUUUCCAAUCAUACUCAUCUUGCUCUUGGUGGAGCAGAGCGUAUUAAAGCAGAAAGUUUUAUGUCCCGGAUAUAUUUUUGUUUGUCAUCUACCUAGAAAUGUAUGCUGCUCUCAUCAUUGCGUAUCAUGUAAGAAGGAUGUACUUUACUCUUGUAAAUGAUUGAAGUACAUUUCUUUCAGAAUGUGGUAGAGAGCAUGCCAAGAAUCCAGAGGGAAAUGCUGAAAAACCCUUUUUUUCUUCUGAUUUAUCAAUCUUGUAUAUGUAGUGUAUAGGCAAGUUUCACUCUAUUAUUCCAUGUAUUUUAAUCUCUGUGGUAUUCAUAAAUGUGGCUUUGUAAAAAUUUGACACAAGAUAAUAAUAUUGUAGCUUUCAAGUUAUCUUAGAUAUUUAGAACAUACUUGGCUAGGUAAGAAGUUUACUACAGCUAAGAAGUGGUUUCUAGGGUAUGUAAUGCUGUUUUUCUCUUUUAAUCUUCUCUGUUUUCUUGUAAAGGCUAUGAGAGUUGUUUCUUCCUCUUAUUUCAUUCAAAUUUCCUUAACUUUGCCCGUUUUUUCUCCUUGUUCAUGGCAGUGCCUGUCGACUGCACACAGCAAAGUGAGCAGCAUCGUUGGCGUGUUUUCUGUGCACAUUUCUCAGGCUUUGCUUUACCAUGAAUAAGGAUAACACUUUAACUCAUCAAUUCUACGUCUAGCUGCAUGAGGUAUUUUUUUUAAUAUCCUUUUGUUCUGUAACAACCGUUUUUCCCCAUUCUGCAGAGUGUUCCAACAAACUAUUAACAUGCACUCUAGUUUUUCUCCUUCCUUACGUUUCCUACAUGUAUAUAAAUCUUUCCCUUAUUCACAUUUUUGUUUGGUAGCGAUUUCACCUGUUUUUCUUCAUAAACAUUUGAUUUGAAAUCCCUAACUGUUUCACAUUGAUACUUUGUUGUUCAAGUCACUCAUCUAUAUCUCUAUGCUCUUUCUCUCUCUACACAGCCGAUUGAGCGCACACAGCGUUUCAAGGCCUAUUGCUACGCUAUUCUCGCUUCACAAUGCUGCAGUUAUAUAGGCUUUCUUCACUUCAUUAUGUUGCUAUUACACUCUCAGUUUAACAACAAUCGAUCACCUCAAAGUCUUAACUCUACACGCUUUUUGCACUGGAACUUGUUACAAUGAGCUCUUGGUGCAAGGGGCAUGAUUUUGCCCUGAGGCUGUCAAAGGGUUAAGAUUUUGGGAUGGUCUUUCCAGAAUGUUUUAUUCUUGAAGAUUGUUUGUACAAAGAAAGUGUUGACAGGACUUCCAAUGCUAGAAUAAUGUAAGAAACAUCAUUUAGGGGCACAAGGGACUGGAAAAAGCAAAUCUUUUAUCGUGAAAAACUGGACUAAAAAUCAUGUGUUCACAGUAGAACAAGAAGGUUUUGGACCAUUUUGGAAUUUUAGACACUUGUGACUGAUAAGUCAAAAAUGCAAUUCUGUCUGGAUAUAAUACUUUAUCCUGUCAAUGGUACAAGUACCCAAGGGGUUACACUCUUUCUCAAUUUACCCUAUCUCUUGCAUCAAAUAGCCUUUCCAUCUGAGCUUAUAUGCCUCUAUAUUUGACUAAUAUUUGGUUCUAGCAUUGUUCUGCCAGCACUUUCCUGACUAUGUUAAGAUAUGUUUUGUUGCUUAUCAUCCACCUUCCACGGCCAUAGUCACUCUCAUAGCCACACCUGUAUCCCGCCAUUUUUUAUUGAGUUAUUUUUCUUCUCUCUCCUCCAAGAAUUUAUCCUUUGUUGAUUUUUUUUUCUCUCUUUUCUCCUAUUUCUGCUAAUAAACUCUCAAGACUGUGCGAAAAAUCUUCUCUCGUGUUCUCUUUCUUCUCUUCGACUCUUACUACCACUACUUUUACUACUACAAUCACGUAUUCUCUGACGACACAAAAAACAAAAAAUUCAAAACUAUGUAUUCCUCUUCCGGUCUGUAUUCUAUACUCUUCUCCUUGCAACAUAUGUUUGUGUAUUAUCUCAAGCGUGAGGCUGUGAAUUUUUAACGUGUUAUCCUUCUAUAGUCAGGAUUUUUAUUUUAUUUUCCUUCGAAAUUAACAUUUUGUUGCUACUUGCUAGAUGAUUUUUUCAUGAAAUAACCAAGUGCAUCUUCUUUUUUUAAAUUAGUAGUUGUGAUAGGUUUAGCAUGUCUCAUUAUUCUGUUAGAGACGUUAAUUUUGUGUGGUGUACCUAGAUCUAAAAAGAAAAGAAUUUGUUUGUACGUGAUUAAUUUAUUGAUAUUAUAUAUAUACUCCAAUCCCAGCCCGACAUCGUCUUUCAUAAUACGCUGGCCUCCGACCUUUGACCUUGCACCGGAGGUCGGUCACGAGCACACAUGAUGGGUCAUUUACAACUUGAAGACAUUCCUUUGAUAAUAAAUCUGUGAAUUCCUCUUCUUUUUUUAAAACCAAAGUUGUUUUUUAUCACAGGAAAUAUAGAAAAGACUUUUUUAUAUACAAAAUUUGCACCCCUUUAUAUGGAUGAUUUGAGCUGUUAGCUAGCAAUGCUACACAUUUUUUAACAAUGGAUUUGGACAUUUUAUUUUUUCAUGAAGCAAUCAUUGUACAGACAUUAUUAUGGAAACAUUUUUUCUCCUUUUUUUUAGGGUAUUUAAUACCAGGCCUUAAUACACCUUCAUUUCCCCCCACAAACUUAGUGAACAGUGUAAUAUUCUGAAACUGAAAAAUAAGAUGAAAUACCUUGAGAUAAUACCUUGGGAUUAAGUUGAGCUUAAUCUCGUGGGAUCAAACAUAUCUUGAAUGAUGGCCCUCGACUGAUCGAUCCAUCGAUUACGACGGAGAGGCCCGAUGAUGACUCGACUAUGACCUCGUAGUUGCCUGAAAUAUCCAGGGAUUUUUCAAGUGUGUUGUAAAAAAAAAAUAUGAAAGAAGUGAGAAAAGCUUAAAAAAAGAUUGAAGAGAUUGGAUAUAUUAACGUGUGAUUUUCAUGGUAAAUUAAAAAUACUUGUUUUAUACAAGAGGCUGAUGGAAUAGAGA